GUUGAAUGGUGUGUGGUCUACUAGCUAUAAUUGAAAGCGGGCCUUUUGGGCCUCCAUAGAUGGGCCUUGAGAAAACCUCCCUUUAUGCUGGGCCUUGAGGAUGAGUUUUCAAAUUGGUUGUGGCGGUGGAGAACCAUCGCAGGCGAAGUUCCGGCGCUUGAUGAUGACGAAAUUGGAUGAGAGCCGAGAAGCAAUCGCCGAAAGUUGGAGACAUUUCAAUGGCCGAGGGUGCUUACCGAUCGAGAGAUUUCCUCGUAUAUCUUCUGCAAUUUCGCUCAGCCCACAUCGGAGUCUGAUGAUCUAUAGGAGACGAAGAAGAGUAGUAAUAACUGGUGCGUCAGCGUCACUGGAAGUUUUGUAACGUCUGUGAGGUUUUGACCAUGGAAGACACCGGAGAACUGUUGAAGAUGACCAUGGGAGAAGGUGUAGUUACAGAUUAGAGUAGAGAUGGUACAUAAAUUCAGCGGGUUUCGAUUUGGGAGAUCGCCAUAGCAGAGAUGGAUAUCAAGCUCUUCUAGAGGACGAUAUUUCGGUGAUUCGAGGACCUGAUUGGCCGAUAACUUCAAUCAAUCUGCUGAAACGAGUCUGAGAAUCAAACCAGAAAGCACAGUUGAGCAGCCCUGAGAAAUGUUGCUGUCCAAGAACCAAGACCUGUGUCAAUGACGUGCCAGAAAGAUUCUUGGGUCUCAGCAGCCAACAACAGCUCGAGAUCGUGGUGAAAGUGAAAAAAACUUCUUUUGAACAAGUCGUUUAUCUGAAGCUUCUUUACACGCAAACGACAGAAACCAAAAACACACACACACAAAAAGCAUGGAAACAGUGAGUUGGAGGAAGAGAGAUGAUGAUGCAGUGUUUAGAUGGAUUAAAACACUUCUCCACGAUUCUUUUGACUUGUUGUGGUGCUGAUUUUCCCACACAGUCCAGGGGUCUUCAGAACCCUAAGGAAGUGGCUAAAGGCACUGUGUUUACUGUGAAUGAGAUUGAAGCUCUUUACGAAAUGUUCAUGAGCAUCAGCAGAGACGGGCUUAUCGACCAGGAACAGUUUCAGUUGGUGCUGUUCAAGACGAACAAAAAGAGAAGCCUUUUUGCUGAUAAGGUGUUUGACUUGUUUGAUACCAAGCGUACUGGGAUUCUGGAUUUUGAAGCCUUUGCCCGUGCUAUUUCAGUUUUUCACCCCAAGGCUCAAAUUGAGGAUAAGAUCGAGUUUUCUUUCAAGCUGUAUGAUCUGAAGCAGCAAGGGUAUAUAGAGAGACACGAGUUGAAGCAAAUGGUGGUGGCGACUCUAGCUGAAUCUGGGAUGAACCUUUCUGAUAAUGUGAUAGAGAGCAUCAUAGACAAGACAUUUGAAGAAGCUGAUAGUAAACUGGACGGGAAGAUUGAUAAGGAAGAGUGGCAGAGUCUUGUUUCUCGCCAUCCUUCUCUGCUAAAUAACAUGACCCUUCAACAUCUCAAGGACAUCACGAAGACGUUUCCGAAUUUUGUGUUUCACACUAUAGUGACAGACAACCCAUCUGAAUGAUAGAGGGAUGUGAUUUUGGAUUUUGAUUUGUGCAAGUUGAUUCUUUUUUACUUGGCAUAAGAGAUUAUUAUAUUACUACUUCUAUUUUAAAAAUCUGGUUCUUUACCUUCUACGCUCGUUCACUCCAUCUAAUUUUGUAUCUGAAAACUUGUCUCGUCUGAUUUAUUGUAAAGCAAUUUGCAAAAGUAAUAAACCUUUUUAAAAAAAUUCACUAUGAAAAUUCAAAUAUAA